UGCUCCAUUGCUUCCCCCUGAAUGCUGGGUUAUUGUUUCUGGUCUUGAUUACGUUCCCCCGUCAGUSGSCAGGUUGUCGCCUCUGUUUUGAGAGGAACGUGAACGAUGCCUUCUGUCAUGUAAUUAUUUGUAGGUCUACAUUUCUGUCACCAAAAAUGRCUGACAAAUUGAGGAAGCAGAGAGCAGCGAAGCAGCAGAAGGCAGAGCUCGGGGACCCUUCAAAUAAUCAGCAAGGCGAGAAACCCAAACAAAGAAUAGGUAAGACCAAAGAGCUGUCGUGUGACGUCAGGGACCAGAUAGUGGAUCUGCACAAAGCUGGAAUGGGCUACAGGACCAUCAGCAAAAAACUUGGUGUGAAGGUGCCAACUGUUGGUGCAAUUAUUAGAAAAUGGAAGAAGUACAAAAUGAUCGUCAAUCGUCCUCGAUCUGGAGCUCCAUGCAAGAUUUUGCCUGAAGGGAUGAGGAUGAUCAUAAGGAAAGUGGURGAUCAGCCCACAACAACACGGGAGGAGCUUGUUAAUGACCUGAUGGCAGUUGGGACCACAGUCACCAAGCACACCGUUGGUAACACACUACACCGUCUUGGCUAUCAGUUCAAGAAAGCAGACUCUCCCAUGAGGGCGGACAGUCCGCUCAGCUCAACGUUUGGCGUSUUAGCUAGCAGUCCGGAGAAUUCCCUCUCUUCCUUCCUCCCAUCCAGUUCCCGCCACUGGAUCUACGAAGAGAGCCCUGACAGGAAGGUGCUUGAUGAUGAUGACGAUGAGCACAUAAUGAGUAGUGACAGUGAGGAAGAAAGCGAGGAAAAUAUGAAAGAUGUGGAUCAAAUAYCAAACAUGGAGGAAGAGAAACAUUAAUCGUCAAGUAAAAGCCACAGCAGAAGCAGCAUACAAGCUCGUGGUCAAUGAAGAUUCUACCUUGUUUUAGGUCUGGUGUUUUACUCGCAUCAGGAAUAAUAGAAAAAGUAUCCGAUCUUCACCAGGUUCUGAAAUAAUCUAACCUGAAGUGCACAAAAACAGAUUCUGCAAUGUUUUGUCUAUUACACAAAGACGAAGAAAAAUCAAAAGUGUUGUGUGAAAAACUCAGCACAUCCUUUGAUUUAAUAUAACCAAUGUUAGCAGCACCAGGCUUGAAGUUAUUUCUUCCGUAUGACUUUAUUAAUCUCUCACAUUUUUGUGGAGGAAUGUUGGUUGACUUUACAAUCUUGCUUCACUUCAUUAUCGAUGUUUGAUCACGGAGCGUUUAUUUAAGGUACCACCACAGUAUUUCAAUCAUAUUGAGGUCUGGACUUUGAGCCAUUGCAGUGGUUGGAUUUUUCUCUGUUUCAGUAAUUAUGUUGUUGAUUUGAUGUUGUUUUAAGAAUGUUUUUGUUUCCAGGCCCACUUUGGCCGACCUCUUGGCAAUCCAUAGUUGUUUAACUUUUUUUUUUAUUGCACUGUCAUGCACUUUAACAAUUAAUAAGCUAACUGAGGUCUGCAGAGUCUAAAGUGAAGGUUUUAUAUUUCUUUUAUGUUUCCUUUUUUUGACGUUUCUGCCUUAAAUGUUUUCMACUGACAAUUUUUUUGUACAACAUGUGACUUUAGAUGGUAUGGAAAUUGCCUUAAUUUUGGAAAUAGGCAAAAAAUAUACAUUGUGAUGUUUGAAUCAUAUCCACCUGUUGCUUAUUUCCCUCUGAAAUCCUGCGGCGUCCAUUGGAAGGAUUUACUUGCUUCUCUSCUUUGGCUUCAGUUUUGUUUAAUGAAAAGUAGUGAAGCUMRUUUUCAAUUGUUUUAGAAUCCAAAACAACCAAUCAUUUUAGUAUGCCCYGAUGCAUAAAACCCUAACGUGAAUGAGAAUGAAGGAGUGAGAGUUGUUUAUGAACAACCAGCUGUUACCGUUCCAUCUUUUUCAGAUUUCUUUGCGUCAGAUAUCCUAAUAAAAUCUCACCACGAGACUCCUACACAUAUUUGACACUUAAAAUGUCUAAAGGCCCAGAUCAACAUGUAACAUUGUGUAUUAUCGUCUACUACUAUGUAAGCAUUUAGCUCAAUGAACCAUAUCUUGAUUUA